CCGUGUUCCGGGUUCUGGAGCACAAGCACGUGUGAUCACUGCAUGAUGUUCAUCCGGAUCUGCUGAACCCUCACCACGUUUCUUUAUUUUUUCCCCCAGUCUGAAGUCGAAUCACUGGAUCACUGUCUUGACAUUUAUUUACAUCUGGACUGCGUCUUCUCUGCUAGUAGCCUAUGAUUGCCACAAUGAAAUACAUUCUGGUCACUGGAGGCGUGAUCUCAGGGAUCGGGAAAGGCAUCAUCGCCAGCAGCGUCGGGACGAUCCUGAAGUCCUGCGGCCUUCACGUCACAGCCAUUAAAAUUGACCCCUACAUCAACAUCGACGCUGGGACUUUCUCUCCCUAUGAGCAUGGUGAAGUGUUUGUGCUGGACGACGGAGGAGAGGUGGACCUGGAUCUGGGGAACUAUGAGCGCUUCUUGGACAUCCGUCUCACCAAAGACAACAACCUCACCACCGGCAAGAUCUACCAGUCGGUCAUUAACAAAGAGAGACGAGGAGACUAUCUGGGCAAGACCGUGCAGGUGGUGCCUCACAUAACUGAUGCCAUUCAGGAGUGGGUGAUGAAGCAAGCCAAGAUCCCAGUGGAUGACGAUGGUGUGGAGCCUCAAGUGUGUGUUAUUGAGUUGGGCGGUACUGUCGGAGACAUCGAGAGCAUGCCUUUCAUCGAGGCGUUCAGACAGUUCCAGUUUAAAGUGAAGAAGGAAAAUUUCUGUAACAUCCAUGUCAGCCUUGUUCCUCAGCCCAGUGCUACAGGUGAGCAGAAGACCAAACCCACGCAGAACAGCGUGAGGGAGCUGAGAGGACUCGGCCUUUCUCCAGACCUGAUCAUGUGUCGCUGUUGUACUCCGCUUGAUAACGCUGUGAAGGAGAAGAUCUCCAUGUUCUGUCAUGUGGAGCCUGAACAGGUCAUAUGCGUCCAUGAUGUGUCCUCGAUCUACAGAGUGCCACUGCUGCUGGAGGAGCAAGGCGUCGUGAACUACUUCUGCCGAAGGCUCGAUCUGCCCAUCGAGGGCAGGCCCAGGAGGAUGCUCGCUAAAUGGAAAGAGAUGUCCGACAGGUCAGACAGACUGUUGGAGCAUUGUUCCAUUGCCCUGGUUGGGAAGUACACGAAGUUCUCUGACUCGUACGCUUCAGUUAUUAAAGCCUUGGAGCACUCAGCUCUCGCUAUCAGCCAUAAACUAGAGGUUAAAUAUAUCGAUUCUGCUGAUCUGGAGCCUGCUACCCUGCAGGAAGAGCCUGUGAAAUACCAUGAAGCUUGGCAGAAGCUGUGCAGUGCAGAUGGUAUUUUGGUCCCGGGAGGUUUUGGAGUCCGAGGGACUGAAGGCAAGAUUCAUGCCAUCAGCUGGGCUCGUAAACAGAAGAAACCCUUUUUAGGUGUGUGUUUGGGAAUGCAGCUGGCAGUUUGUGAAUUCGCCCGCAAUACGCUGGGCUGGGAAGAUGCUAACUCCACUGAGUUUGACCCUGAAUCAAAACACCCUGUGGUGAUCGAUAUGCCUGAGCACAAUCCGGGACAGAUGGGCGGCACAAUGAGGCUAGGAAAGCGACGGACCAUUUUCAAGAACCCGAACAGCAUAUUGAAAAAGCUUUAUGGAGAUGCAGACUACGUUGAAGAAAGGCACAGACAUCGUUUUGAAGUCAAUCCAGAGCUGAAGCAGUACUUCGAGGAGAAAGGCUUCCGCUUUGUUGGCCAGGACGUGGAGGGAGAGAGGAUGGAGGUUAUAGAGCUGGAUGAUCAUCCGUAUUUCGUGGGUGUACAGUACCAUCCUGAGUUCACGUCCCGGCCGAUAAAGCCAUCUCCACCUUACUUCGGUCUGCUGCUGGCCGCAGCUGGAAAACUACACGGGUACCUACAGAAAGGUUGCCGUCUCUCACCACGAGACGUGUACAGCGAUCGCAGUGGCAGCAGUUCUCCAGAUUUGGAGAUCGCAGAGUUGAAACUGCCCUCCAUCUCCAACGACUGAUCCAAUCCCGAAACAGACUGAAGUAUUUUCCAAAAGAAGAAAAACACACAAUAAUUGGCUCUGACUUUUUUUUUUUUUUUUUAAUAGCCCGUUUUAUUGGAGAUGUAUAUUUUUCAUUAAUCCUUUUCCCGGUCAAGAAUCUGUUGGUUACUGCAAAUGCAUGUUUUUUGUUUGUUUUUCUUUUCAGCGGCACAAGUGUAAUAAUAAUAUUAAGUGUAAUAUCUUUUUGUCCGAACAAGCGAAUUCAGGUUUGUUGUGUUUGCCUCGCGUGGCCUCUGCAACUUUACCUGGUACCAAAAAAAAUGGUAGUGUGCAAAAUAUACAACGGUCAAGUGCAUAAUUUAUACGUUUAACCAUGUUAUGUUGGUUUAAAAGGGUAUUUUAUCAUUGUAAUGAAACCCAGUAAAAGAAGUGACACGGA